UUUUGGAAAGAUUCCAUCUACUGUUCCUCUCUCUCUUUCUCUCUCUAUACUUACAAAACGCGCUUCUGUGUUGUCUCUACACCCGCCGGAAAAUUACUCUUUCGCCGGCGAAACAGUGGCGCCGGAUGAUUUGACUCGGACUCCGUUUCGUAGGACGCCGACGUCUGUUUCGCUGGCUGGGUGACCAGGUGGGUGGAAUCGUUCGGAUCUGAGUUUGACUCGGUCCCGGGAGGUUGAGGGAGAAUGUGGGAUGCGUAAUCGAUUUUUUAUGGUUUGGUUUGCCCUGGAGUGUCGUAUAGGGCAGCUGUAGUCGGUUUUUCAAGCGUAUAUUCUACUUCCGGCGAAAAAUUGGACAAGACGGAGUCUAAUUGUGGAGUUUUCGGGAAUGAGAUGGUGGAAGGAAGGGCAUGUAUUCCAAGAGAAUCUAAACUGGAUUUUUUGAAGCGUAAAAGGCUUGAUCAGAUGAAAAUAGAAAGGGAAGAUGAUUCCCCCUGUUUGACUAACAUGAUGCAUAGGAGUGGUGGGGAAGCUUUAAGACCUGCAUCAUGUGGUGUGAGGAUGCACAGAAACUCCUUUAUGUCCUCAAAUAUUGGCAGCAAUUUAAAUGAAAGAGCUGAAAUUUCUAAGCGCAAAGUUGAAAAGUUUGAUACACCUGACUUUGAAUGGACUGAGAAAAUUCCGGAAUGUCCGUUGUACACUCCAAGUAUGGAGGAAUUCCAGGAUCCUUUAGUUUAUUUGCAAAAGAUAGCUCCAGAAGCCUCAAAAUAUGGUAUCUGCAAGAUUGUAUCUCCUGUGAGUGCUUCUGUGCCUGCUGGUGUAGUUCUUAUGAAAGAGAAAGCUGGUUUCAAAUUUACAACUAGUGUGCAGCCUCUUCGUUUGGCUGAAUGGGAUAGUGUUGACAAGGUCACCUUUUUCAUGAGUGGAAGAAACUAUACAUUUCGUGAUUUCGAGAAAAUGGCGAACAAGAUUUUCACUCGUAGAUAUUAUAGUGCUGGAUGCCUUCCUCCCUCAUUCAUGGAAAAAGAAUUUUGGCAUGAAAUAGCUUGUGGAAAGACCGAAAGUGUUGAAUAUGCAUGUGAUGUUGAUGGUAGUGCAUUUUCAUCUUCUCCCAGUGACCCGCUUGGAAAAAGCAGAUGGAACUUGAAGAAACUCUCACGGCUGCCAAAAUCCAUACUGCGUCUUUUAGAAACAUCAAUUCCGGGAGUCACUGAACCAAUGCUUUACAUUGGAAUGCUUUUUAGCAUGUUUGCAUGGCAUGUGGAAGAUCAUUAUUUGUACAGCAUCAAUUAUCAUCAUUGUGGUGCAGCAAAAACUUGGUAUGGCAUUCCUGGUCCCGCAGCUCAGGAUUUUGAAAAGGUUGUCAGGGAGCAUGUUUAUACUCAAGAAAUUUUGUCAGCUGAGGGUGAGGAUGGAGCUUUUGAUGUCCUUUUAGGCAAAACGACAUUGUUUCCACCCAAAGUUUUGCUCGAACAUGAUGUUCCUGUUUAUAAAGCUGUGCAGAAGCCUGGUGAAUAUGUAAUUACUUUUCCCAGGGCUUAUCAUGCUGGAUUCAGCCAUGGUUUCAAUUGUGGUGAAGCUGUCAACUUUGCUGUUGGUGAUUGGUUUCCUUUGGGGUCAAUAGCUAGCUGCCGCUAUGCUUUGCUUAACAGGACACCUCUCCUUCCUCAAGAGGAGCUGCUAUGCAAAGAAGCAAUGCUGCUUUAUGCUAGUGCAGAACUCGAAGACCGAGACUAUUCAUAUCAAGACUUGAUAUGUCAUGAAAACAUUAAGGUUUCAUUUGUAAAUUUGAUCCGAUUUCAGCAUCGUGCUCGCUGGUGUGUGAUGCAGUUGAAGGAAUGGAUUGCUAUUUCUUCUUUUUCCCAUGGAACAAUUCUUUGCAGUCUAUGCAAACGCGAUUGUUAUGUAGCAUAUCUCAAUUGCCGGUGCUACUCGCAUCCUCUGUGCCUUCGCCAUGAUAUAAAAUCACUUCAUUUGGAUUGUGGAGGCAUUCUAGCACUGUGUGUAAGGGAAGAUAUCUUGGAAAUGGAAGGUGCAGCAAGGCAGUUUGAACAGGAGGAGAGUAUGUCACAAAAGGUUGAAAAAUGUUGUAGAACAAGUGAGGACUUUCUUUUGCUAUCUAGCAUAUACUCAGGAGUUGAAAGUGAUAGUUAUAUUCCUUACUGCGAAAUUUCUCGUGAAACUUCCCAAGUUCCAAAUCAUCCCUUUUGUGAUGGCAUUGGAUCUGCUGGGACUCAAACUUCGUAUUGUUAUUACGAUUCUGGUUUUGGUUCAUCUUCACUAAUGUCAACUGAAAAUCCUGACUAUAACACUAAUGAACACACAGUCCCCAACUUGAAGAAUCAAAUGUCUCAGCUGUUGUCCAGACAUAUUGUUGGAAAUAGCUCUGAAGUCUCAAAAUCCUCAUGCAGCGAAUAUGUUAGUUCCCAAAGCAAACUUGGUCACUAUCUGGCUACCAGAGAUACCAUCAUUGAAGAAAGUGAUGAUUCCGAUUCUGAAAUUUUCCGUGUCAAACGGAGGUCUUUUAAAGUGGACCAGAAGAUUGAAUGUCUCUCUCAGUCUGCUAAUACUGAACAACAGGGAUUCAAGCGUCUCAAGAAGCUCCAACCUGAAGUACAUUGCAAGCAAUUAACAUCAUAUGAGUGGUGUCCUACUGCUGACCAUGAUCAAAUCCGUCAUGGCCAUUCUAAUUCUGCAGAUUCAAAAGAAGCCUCGGUUGGUGGUGACAAACCACCGACGGCAAGAAGAAUUCCAAUCUCAAUCAAGUUUAAGAGAAAAGAAAGCGUAGUUGUGAGUAACCAUGGAGAAACUGACAGAGAUCGAAUACAUGUGAAUGAACUAGGGAAAACCAUGAGGGAACCUCGGCAAACUGAGAUAGGGCCCAGGCGCCUUAAAAUCAGAGGACCAUCAGUGUUAGGGCACAAGGAGCGCCUGGACUAAAUUAUUUAUUAGAGUGCUUCUGGUCUGCCACUGGGAUCAUCUUCACCAAACUGACUUUGCUAACGACAUUUGCCUCGAUUGGGAGUCUAACAUCUGGGGAAAUUUACAAGUUUCCAUGGUGGUGAGCAGCGACCAAAUUAACCAAGUUUAGAGUAAAUGCAUCAUCAAAUUUUUUGUGCAGGCCUCAAAUUGGGGCGAUGUGCAGUGUAAACAAUUCAUGGGGGGUUCUGAAGCCGGGUGUUUUUUCCGGUCUUUGGCUGGAGAAUAGCACACACGGUGAGUAGAUAUUAGAUUAGAUCCCUUGUAAUUGGCAUUUAACAGUUGAUUGAUUUUUGUGAGGACGUUGCGACGGGUAAAGUUCCUGCCAAUGGACUCACUAAUGCCUGA